UUGAAAGUCUAUACAAUAGAUCUCUUUUUUUUUCUUCGACGAACAAUUUAAAGUUUUUAUAUAUGUAAUUAUUUUGUGAACUACAGAUUAUCAUUAGGGUAUUAUAUCAGAACCAAAUCAAUAGCAUCUUCAAUUAUAGCAUUUUUAGGUCUCUCCCCAAUAUCAGUGGAGAAAUCCAGAGCCAUGGCUGCAAGGGGCCGGCAAGUGGAGAAUAUGGUUAUGUUGAUUAUUUUGUCGUCCAUGUUAAGAGUCCCCAUUAGGGCAGAUCCAGAGACUAACCUUUUACACUACGAAUGCAAAUACAGCCCCAGCAGCAACGCAACCCGCUUUGAGCAAAUUUUGAACGCCGCGCUGGCAUCUGUGGUGAAAGAAGUUGGUGCAUCUGGAUUUGCUACAGCAGAAGAGGAUGCAUCUACAGGGACAGCAACAGAUUCAGUAUUCGUUCUUGCGUAGUGCAGAAAGGAUAAAUCCCCUGCCGAUUGCGUCGAUUGCAUAAAGGUUGCAGGGAACAAAGCACGCAGCUGCGCCUCAGAGUCCUGCAAAGCAUACUACGACGGCUGUUAUCUGCGUUACGAGAAUUACAAUUUUUCUGAUACAUACACUGAUGCCACACAUAGAGCCGUCUGCGGCCAAGCCAACGCCCCUGAUUCCAGUUCAUUUUCGGCAACAGGUCGAACUUUGAUAAGUGAUCUUUGCACUGCAACUCCACUAAUAAAGGAUUAUUUUGCGGCGGAUACGAGACAAGGGCCGUCUAAUACGACAAUCUAUGGACUUGCCUUCUGUUUGAGUUCCAUUCAAAGGAAUUCCUGCCAAGAUUGCCUAAAGACUGCUCAGGAAAACAUAAUUAAGUGUUUUCCUCGCUCCGAUGGACGGGCUAUAGACGCUGGCUGCUACUUGCGAUACGAUUCCAAACCCUUUUUUCCAAGCAACGCGACUACCUAUUUGACACCAUUCCUACCCACAGUGAAGGGAAAGGCGAGUUCUGUAAAGUCGAUAAUAAUUGGUGUCGUAGGAGGGGGAUUCCUAGUUUGCCUUAUAACUUGUCUCCUCCUCCUCCGGAAGCAGAUGAUGCAAAAAGGGCAGAAAAAAGGGGAAAUUGAAGGAGCAACGGAACUGCGCGGACCUGAAAAUUUUGACUUCAAGGCACUGAAAAAGGCGACUAACAAUUUCGAUCAAGCAAAUAAACUCGGAGAAGGAGGGUUUGGUGAAGUAUUUAAGGGUACGUUGAAAACUGGCAAAGUUGUGGCGGUGAAAAAACUGACAUUAGGUCGUUCUGCUUUCGCAACUUCUGAAUUCGAAAGCGAAGUGAAACUCAUUUCUAAUGUUCAUCACAGAAAUCUUGUGCGUUUACUUGGAUGUUGCAGACAAGGACAGGAAAGACUGCUGAUUUAUGAGUACAUGCCGAAUAGCAGUCUUGACAGAAUAUUAUAUGGAAAAAACAAAAAACUUUUGAGUUGGAAGGAAAGGUUCAACAUUAUCCUGGGCACUGCUCGUGGUCUGGCUUAUCUACAUGAGGAAUUCCAUGUUUGUAUCAUCCAUCGUGAUAUUAAAUCCAGCAAUAUAUUACUUGACGACAACUUUCAGGCAAAAAUAGCAGAUUUUGGUCUGGCAAGACUUCUUCCAAAUGAUAAAAGUCAUAUUAGCACAAGAUUUGCAGGAACCUUAGGAUACACGGCUCCUGAAUACGCUACCCGUGGGAAAUUAACAGAGAAAGUUGACACCUAUAGCUUUGGUGUCGUUGUUCUUGAAAUUGUCAGUGGUAGAAAAUGCAUUGACUUGAAGCAACCACCUCAUAUGCAAUAUCUGCUUCAAUGGGUUUGGAGCCUAUACGAAGAUAACAAGGUUUUAGAAGUGGUGGAAAGUGGAAACCAGAUGGAAGGGUAUAGUGAGGAAGAGGUGAUGAGGGUGAUAAACCUUGCGCUUCAAUGCAUACAAGCCUCUGUCAGUCAUAGGCCAUCAAUGUCUGAGGUCGUGACAAUACUGUUAAGUAAUGAUGAGAUUGAUUUUCAAAAACCUUUGCAACCAGCCCUCGUAGAUGGAGAAAGUUUGGCUUAUGGCACACCUUCAUAUCAAUCCAAUGCAACGAUUACGGGAACCCUUAGUGCUCGUUAGCAGUGGCUACUUCUCUUGUUGAUGGGCACAUACAGACUAGCAAGGAUGUGGAUAUAUUGUUAAAGAUAUAACCGACUAAAUAGUUCUCCCUUCCUAUUUUCAAAUAGUAUUUAAAUAUUAUAAUAUAUAUCUUUUUUGCUUUUCUAGGAAAUUUUUAAAAGCGAUGUAUGCCUCACUUCAAUUCAAGAAUUUAGAUGUUGGAGAAAUGUUGUAUGCUUAGUAUAUUUUGUAAUUGAGGGACGAUCUUAUUUUAUUUUAUUUUAAAUAAUACAGGAUUUUGUUA